UCAUUUUCUAGAAGAAAAUCUUUUAAGCCCAAAAAAUUCUCAUGUCAGUGUCUCGGUAAGAUUAAAAAAAACAGACAAUAUUUAGUAAUACACCUUGGGUCGCUGUUAACCUCCUAGGAACUGCGCUUUCUAUGCACUCCCAGUCAGGGGUCCAAUUUUAUUGAUUCGUGUCGAUCUGAGUGUUCAUGGCCCGGUGCAAAUUUUUACAAGCUGGUGGCCUGUGUAGUGACAAAUUUGACAGAGUUCCAAAGUGCGGGACACUCGUCUCGCUGAUCUGCUAACAACUGCGUGACUUUGUUUUAUUUUCCAGAUAAAUGUUUUGAGGUACUUCUAGACGCAUUUAGCUAGCCAGAAAGUUAUUCUCGAAUCGACAAUCCUCGCGGUGAAUAACAGUUGAACGAGUGAAGAUGUCGUCAGGAGAUGCGAAGAUUGAUGCCCUCGCGGGAAAGCUUGUCAUCAAGGCGCAAUUGGAGGGCGAUAUCCGACGUAUUGCCAUUCACAAUGAGGAUAUCACCUUCGAUGAGCUCAUCCUCAUGAUGCAACGGGUCUUCCGAGGAAGUCUCUCCACUCAGGACCAGAUAACUUUGAAAUAUAAGGAUGAGGAUGGUGACCUCGUGACUAUCGUUGAUAAUUGCGAUGUCUCCCAGGCUAUUCAAUGUUCGAGAGUGUUACGUCUCCGCGUUCUUGUGCAAAAUGAAGACGCGAACGCAAUAACCGAUCUUCGGGCGGAGCUGCUGGAAGUGCGGAACAAAGUCGACCAACUAAUCGAGAAGACCUAUUCGCUUAGCUUGGGCAGCGGAGAAUCAAAUAAUAAGGCAGCAUUAGAACCAGCAGCGAAAGUAAAUGGAGAUUUAGGCGUAUCUUCACCGCCAGGAGGUUUAAAUGACUGUUUACGCUUAAUCAAGAAGGAUCAGGGAGUACUUUUCCCAGCGCAAGGAAAUUCAACACAAAAUGCUUGUUCUCCAGGGUCUGUUAACGUGCCCUUAUCACGACCAGGCUCUACUCAGCAACAGAUAGCACCCAAUGCCUCUGGGCCCUUUCAACCGGUUGUAAACCGCGCUCCCCCGAAGGUGGGCGAGAUGAGCCCAUCUCCAGCAGGGCGUAGUGCGACUCCGCAGUCACAAGGUGGCUCGCAGGUCGGUGAGACGUCCGCCCUUCAUCAACAGGCGUCCGGCCAACAGCACUCUUCAAGCCCGGGAGAACUGUUCAACCCUCAGCAAGGCCCUGGCUCUAUUCAUCAGCAGAAUCCGCCACAACCUGGACCGAAUCAACAGGCUUCCCAAACCCCGAUUGGACACACAGUUGCGUCUAACCAAGGUGUUGCGUCGCUAUUCCCAUCUCCAGGGGUCGCUCCAUCGCCAGCUCCGAUGCGCAUGGCCCAAGUGGCUCCCCAAGGGUACCCUUCGCUGCCACCCACAUCAGCUGCCCAGCAGCCCACGUCGUCUCCGUACACCCAGCAGCAACAGCAACUUCCGAUUCAGGCGCAACAACCACAACAGCAGGGUCAGAACCCAUCGCAACCGAACCCUGCAGUAGUAGGCGGAAUGGUCGCCCCGUUAUCCCAGUCAGGCGUGUAUGUGAAGACGUCUGGAUCGCAGGGAGCGCCCCUUGGCUAUCUUCCACAAACAUUACAACAACCAGGCGGCGAUCUUCUCGCACAACAAAACCACGCACCUCCAACAAACCCAUCUCAAAGUGUGACGCCAGCAGGAGUCCCUCAGCAACCCCAACAGCUGCAACAACAACCGACUCAACAGCAAACACAGCCUUCCGCAAUGACGGGCCCACCACCCACAGGACCACCUCAGUUCGGCGGUGCUUCCCCCAGUGGUAACCCUUUUGCGCGCGGCAUUAACCAGUAUGCUCGGUACGCGCCUAUGCCUGGAGCAAACUCUAAUACAUACCACUGACCCUUUGCUUAAAAAGCAAAAAUACAAAGACUGGCCAGUAGGAAUCCAGUAAGGAGUAAUAAGGUAGCCGUAGCGCAAGAAUAGCUAAAAAAAGAUUUCGAUACUAAUUUAUGCGCAUUGACUGACGUUCUACGAAAACAUAGUAUUUUAUUUUCUAUCUGGGAAAGCAAGAAAGGGGUGCACUAGAUUAGUGUUUUUUGUUGAAUGAAAUAUAGUUUAAACUUGUAAAAGGUUCUACAGGGGAUGAUUUGGAUGCCGGAAGGGCAAUCGCCAGAAAAUCAAAGUUAGGCUUAGGGUGGCAAUAUCUGACUAUCUAGCCUGUCAUGCCUAUUUUACUUCAAACAGGGCUUAGUAUUAUUAAAUUUCUAUUUAAUGUUUAAAUGUGAUACGGUCAAGAAAUCCUUGCGUUGGAGUAGUUGCAAAAUAAUUUCUCUCAACGACAAGGAGUUCACGACGUAAUAGAGAACGCGUCUAGCAACUUUAAUUAAAAGCCUGUUAUUUGAAUAGGCUAUUCCAAAUGAAACUUCUUUCGGAUUUUCAAGAUUGGUGCACGGUCUCAUUAUCGUAACAGCCCAGGAUUAAAUUUACUUAUAUUUCUAGAUUUAGGCGACUUUGAUCUAUGCAUGUCUCCAAUUGGUUGGUAGUCGAUCAACCGAUCGUUUGAUGGAUAAAACGGCAAAUGGCUUUUACUAUUAACGAGAGCGUGUAUACGUGUUAAAUAGAUUAAUGGUUUAUGGGAUAUUCGAUAGCUAAAUAAAAGCCAUUUGCGAUGGGAUACAUUUAGCUGUAAGAUGCUCUUUUCAUACGAUGCUGCGGGUUGUGCCGGUGAAUUGAGGCAAUCAUAUCGGUUAACGGGCAGUGAACAAAAAAUGUGUUCGGGCCGGUUUUUUGCAUCGAGGGUACUAACCUGUGUACUGGUUAGUCAAUCUGGAACUGCUCGUUGGUCUAUUGAUAUAUAAAAAUCCACAAAAUAUGCAGACCCUAGCGUAUCAAAUCAUAAUGAAAUUUAAAAUUGUAACGAAUAUACUUUUCAAUAAACAUAAAUCUGUUCAUGUAACCUGACGAGAUCUGUAAAAAUUGGAUCGCACACCCAAAAACACAACAUCAAACAAUAGGAAUUGAGAAUGAUCUAUAUGCAUCUGAAUAAAGUUAGAAUGAACAGUAAUUAUCAGUGCUUACUCCCUUGCUUGAUCUUUAGCUCCGAUUUUUCAUUAUAAAAUACGUUUAAUGUUGGGUAUUGUGUUUUAGUGGAAAAUUGCUACGCUGGUGGUAAGAUCUCCAUGCAAUACAGUAGCUUAUUACCAUAACGGUGAGCUACAGUAAGGUCUGCUUACAUACAUAAACAAUUCAAUUUCCUACUUAGUGUCAGUGAAGAAUCAAACGUAAUACAUAACGAUCUUGCCGCCUAAUUAGUCUAAUUCCCAAAUAAAGUUUAUAGGGAGUUUUGAGAGUUUAAAUUUCUAGCCUUGUAGCAAACCCCAAAGAUUCGGCCUUCCGAUAUACAAUUCAUUCUUCGGUUCUUGAAUGGGUCGCAAAAGUCAAUAAUAGAACAAGGUUACGCGAAUUAGGGUAUUGAACGAUCUAUUGAAGAAUCCUUGUAGGUAUAUGAAAAGUUCAAACGGCUGAGCUGUAACAGCACAUACAUAUACAUAUCCUCAUUCAAGUAAGUACUCGGAAAUUAACAUGGCGUGAUCCCUAUGAUGUAAAUAGCCACAUCGAACCAACUCAAGAUUCUCGAAGACAAUGCUUCCAUAUCGCCGUUUGUAAGAAGAGUUGCAGCAAAAUUUUAGACUCGAUGAUCUUUUUCGGUAGGAACUGAUUUCUUAGGUUGAAGAAUUAAGGGUAUCGCAGCACCAAAAUCCCAGAUGCAAUAUAUAUUUGCUCUUUUUUUUAAGCAAUAGCACAUGUAUUACUGACCGUAAGUGUAAACUUACGAUUAAAAUGUCAUUGUUCGUAUGGGUGAUAGUGAGGAUAAGAGAUCUUAUGUGUUAGUUAGCGAAUUUUUAUAUUGGGUACUGCCGGUGCUUUAGACAGCAGAUAUCUUGGCCUAGACAACAACUACCUAAAGGCACACUCGAAAUAAGCACACUCAAAUAAUUCUUAUGUACGUACAUAGAAACUAAAUAAGAGGUAACCCCACCAACACGAUACGAAUGUGUUGAUUUUUUUUUAUUUCUGGCUUUGUUUGUGAAAUAAGAACAGUUAUGCAAAUUUAAGACUUAAGUUGCGUGGAGUCAGUAGACUCCACGCAACUUAAGUCUUAAAUUUGUAGAGCAACACAGUGGAUAUCUAACAGUUAGAUGCCCCCAUUUUUUUAAAUUCACAACAUACGUGAAUAUUCGCCUUGUAUUACACGUUGUACAAGCUGUACAUGCUAUCCAUAAAAAAUAAUGCAUUUUCUAUUGGUUGCUAAAUGAAAUAAAUGCUAUUUUAUCGUAGGUAAGGAAAAGUAAGAGCGAUACCUUUAAGCGAUACUAAGAAUUCGUAAGAUUCCUUUGGUUAGGUUAAUUUAAACAUUUAGAGAUAAGCUCGCUUUUGGAAGCAGCCGAUGCUUAAUAUGGCAUAGUCGUAGGAUGACGUAUGCAUGCCGUAUGUUUGAACACUUACGUGAACGUUAGAAAAUCUCUCGGAUAUUAUUUGCCCUACACAAUUUCACUUGAAAUGGCAUCAGCCUUUCAGUGAGACUAAAUAUCAUAAGACGCUCAUUACAAGAGUGAAUCGUACAUACUCUCUCAAGAUGAAAGAUAGAUAUCUGUGUAUAUAUGUAUUCUGACUUUGUAAUCAAUAAAUUCUAUUCCAAACAA